GACAGUAACCGAAACACAACUCAUGAGAGGAAGACAGCCAUUAAUUUAACGCUUUCAGACAAGAUAGAAUAUCAUGGAAGAGCUAAAGCCAAGGCCUGCAAGUUGCUCUCCUUUCACCCCAUUAGGCUUCUUAGAAAGAGCGGCCACCGUGUACGGCGAUUGUACAUCCAUCAUUUACAACGAUACUUCCUUCACGUGGUCACAAACCCACCGUCGAUGCCUCCAGUUAGCCUCUUCCCUAUCAUCCAGCGGCGUUGGUAUUGGCCACGCCGUAUCCGUUUUGGCCCACAACAUCCCCGCCAUGUACGAGCUCCAAUUCGCCGUCCCCAUGUCCGGUGCUAUUCUCAACAACAUCAAUACCCGUCUCGACGGCCGUACGAUCUCCGUACUGCUCCGCCACUGUGAACCGAAGGUCCUCUUCGUCGAUACCCUCUCUUGUUCUGUCGCUCUCGAAGCCAUCUCUCUCUUCCCCCAUAACCAAACGCCGCCGCAGCUCGUUUAUAUCAACGAUCACGAUGACGCUGCCGUCGAUUAUCGCUUCUGGUGCACGUACGAGAGCCUGGUGGAGAAAGGUGAUCCGAAUUUCAAAUGGAUCCGGCCUAAAAGCGAGUGGGAUCCGAUUGUUUUGAAUUAUACAUCGGGUACUACUUCGUCUCCCAAAGGAGUUGUUCAUAGUCACCGGGGAAUUUUCACGAUAACAAUCGAUUCUUUAAUCGAUUGGGAAGUUCCGAAGCAACCCGUUUACUUAUGGACGCUCCCGAUUUUUCAUGCUAAUGGGUGGAGCUACCCUUGGGGUAUGGCGGCCGUCGGCGGCACCAAUGUUUGUGUUCCGAAAUUCGAUACCUCGAUCAUCUAUAAUUUGAUAAAAAAACAUGGCGUCAAUCACAUGUGCGGAGCACCCGUUGUGCUCAACAUGUUAUCGAGUUCCCCUGAAAUCAAGCCACUCGAGAAUCCCGUGAAAAUCUUAACUGCCGGAGCUCCACCGCCAGCGGCUGUGCUAUCGAGGACCGAGUCACUUGGUUUCAUUGUGAGUCACGGCUACGGAUUAACCGAGACUGCAGGGCUGGUGGUGUCUUGUGCUUGGAAAAGGGAGUGGAACAAGUUGCCGGCGACGGAGCGAGCGAGGUUGAAAUCGAGGCAAGGAGUGAGAACUCUGGCGUUGACGGAAGCGGACGUUGUGGAUCCCAAAUCGGGACUCAGUGUGAAACGCGACGGGUUAACUCUUGGAGAGAUCGUUUUAAAAGGUGCUAGCGUUAUGUUGGGUUACUUCAAAGACCCAGUCGCCACGAAAAAAUGUAUGAAAGAAAACGGGUGGUUUUACACCGGCGACGUCGGCGUUAUGCAUGCCGAUGGGUACAUGGAAAUCAAAGAUCGUUCAAAGGAUGUUAUAAUCAGCGGCGGAGAGAAUCUCAGCAGCGUCGAAGUCGAGUCUGUUCUUUAUACUCAUCCGGCGAUCAACGAAGCGGCAGUUGUGGCUCGGCCCGAUGAGUAUUGGGGGGAGACACCUUGCGCGUUCGUGAGUUUGAAAGGUGAGUUGACCCGUAAACCGAGUGAGCAGGACAUAGUUCAGUAUUGCAGAGCUAAAUUGCCUCAUUACAUGGUGCCCAAAACGGUGGUGUUUAAGGACGAAUUGCCCAAGACUUCGACGGGGAAGAUUCAGAAGUUUGUUCUUAGAGAUAUUGCCAAGGGGAUGGGUCCUUCUUCAUCUUCCUCUGGGAUGAGUCGGCCUCGGACUCGGAUGUGAACUGAGUUGACUCUGUGUUGGUCUCCAUCAUCAUGGAAAAGAUUAGAAGGAUAAUCAUUUUCAUGAAAAACCUGUCAAACAUGAAUUAAUGACUCAGUUAGUGAGAACAAUAAUGUACUUAAAAGAUGUAUCGUAGCUUAAUUAAUAUCCAAAAAAGAAGCUUAAUAACA